GUUCAGAUGCAGAACGAGCUGCUGUACGCCAUGCAUUCAAGUUUGGCAGCCGCAGGGAGCAGAAAGUUUAUAAACCUGAGGCAGAAGAUGUUUCCUUCAAGAUCACCAUCCCACCUGUGGUAGCCACAGGGAAGGACUUUAAUGUCCAGCUAGACUUGAAGAAUAAUGGUAACAGCAUUAGGGAUGUCAAGGCCACCUUGACUGCCCUCACUAGCUUCUACACUGGUGUGCCCUCAGAUCGCAUCAAAUGUCAGACAUUUGAAAUAACUUUGGAUCCAGAUCAAGAAAAGAGCAUUGACAUUGAUGUGCUAGCAGACGACUACAUGGAACUGCUGAAACCUGAUGCACUGAUCCAGGUGUAUGCCAAGGCCAGGGUGCAGCAGACAGGACAGGCAUUUGUUAGAGAGGACACCGUGGAUCUGUCACCUAGCAUGGAGGUUGACGUGUUGAAGCUACAAGCUCCAGAAAGAGUGAAUAGAUCUGAGCCAUUUGAAUUGCGUAUGAAGUUCACUAACCCUCUGAAGAUCCCCAUCACUAAAGGGAUGUUUCGCAUUGAAGCUGCUCACAUUGUACGCAGCAAGGUCAUUCCUAUAAAGAAACCUGUAGGCCCAGGGGCAGAGAUAGAGAUAGUGACAGAGCUCACCUCAGCACGUUCUGGCAAAAAAGAAAUCAUAGUUGGAUUUAGUUCUGACAAAUUAGAUGGUAUCUCUUCAUCAGUUGAAGUGUAUGUGCCUUAUUCUUCUUAAUGGUAUAUUUGUAAGUUGGACAUUCACUUGUGCACAUUUCAAGGGGUAUUGUGCAGUAGUUGUGAUUUUUAAGGUAUCAGUGUAUAUGCAAUGAAGGAUGGUGAAUUCAAUUAGUAAAAUACUAGUAAUAUCUGAUGAGCUUACAUAUCUAUUAAAGCAAUUUCGAACAAUUUGUCAGUGAUGUUUCUGGAAUUUUGUCAUUUUCCUAGUGUCAUCAAGUUGUCCAGGACACACAAAUUCUGGCUUUGUUGAGUUUACAUGACUUAACUUUUUGAAGACUGCAUUUUAUCCCCUGGCUUCAGCAUUAUUUGGCUUUAGACAAACAAAUUAUUACACGCACAAUUUACAUUUAUAACUACACAGAAGCAGAGAUUGUUAUCUCACUGCUUCAGAAGAAUGCAUUUUCCAAAUGGAACAGAAGUUCAGACUAUAUAAAACACAUUUAAAAUGACAUUUCAGAAUAUUAAGGCAGAAUAUUAUGGCAGCUGGUUAUCAUUACUAGACAAUCAAAAGUUGUGCUUAAUUUGAUUGCAGUAGAAUACCAUGUACUGUUUUUAUUGAAGGGAUAACAACUGUUCGUUUGGGCCAAAAAAAGUUUUCCUGGGGUAAACGCCAAUUUUUUCACACUCACAUAUUGUUUAUGAAUCUGUUCUGACAUUCAAAGUUAGUUCCUGUUUUGUUUCUAAAAAGUUUU